AUGGCAGCCAAGGCUACAGCCAUGAAUCUUCAGCUGAAGGCCUUUGUGAUCCUCAGCUUGGUGGCUUCAUCUGGGCUGAGCCUCUCAAGCUUGGCUCUCUGCUUCAUCUUCCUCCUGGGGCUCAAGACUGAGCUCAGCACCUUGGUGCAGGUUCUGCAGAACCUCAGAGAUGACCUUUGGUAUGCUUCUGAUCAUUCUCAGCAGAGGCUUGACUUCAUCUCAGAGAAGGUCAGGGCCAUGGAGCUCAGGAUGGAUAUGACUGGAGGAAGUACCUGGGACACUCUGAGGCACCUCAAGCAGCAUUUUGAAGAGUUUGACCCUCAGGCAGGUGGUGCAGCUUUGUUCUCAGAAUUCUUAGUGAAGAAGCGCUGGGCACUUCUCAGUGGACCUGUCUCCCACUGGGACCAAGAAGCUCAGUUCACAGAGUGGGACUUGCUGCUGAGCACUGCUAUCUUAGCCACCAGGGAGGGUGUCAUGUACAAUCGAUUCCUCAGGGCACUCUACAGCAGGACUGCCUCAGAUGAAGAGCUCAGGCAGGAGACCCUGGUGGUGGAGAACACUCAGCGACCUGAGCUCUCAGUACUUUGGGCCCGCCACCAACCUGAGAAUGACAUCAAUGAGUUGCUGGCCUCAGCACAUGCUUUCAGCUGUGCUAAGCAACAUUGGCUCAGUGCACAUAGCAGGGAAGUAGGACUCAGAACCAAGGCUGAGAGGCUCAAUGUGCUUAGCAGCAUAGACCUCUCAGAUGUGGCUGAGCCUGACCUACUUUCUCAGUGGAACAUUGAAGCUGAGGUGGAAUGGCACCUCAGUGAUCUACAGGCUCAGAAUGAAUUCUGA